AGCCAGAGUAGUGUAAGAAUAUCAGCGGCAGAAGAGGAUGGUGAUAUACCAGAUUGGCCAGCAAAGGAAAUAUUUGCGACGGUUACUGUUGAUUGUUGCAGCAGGCUUAUGCCUUUCACAAAUAAUUUUAUUAAGGUUCAGAAUUCUGUGAUAUAGUAUAUGUAGUACAGGUUACACAAUUUUAGCUUAAUUGUAGCUUAUACUGGUGGUAGCUAUAAAUCCAAACCUUUUGUUUGGCAUUUAAGACAAACUGCAAUAGUACAUACAUAGUCAGUUGAGGCAAAGUUUGAAAAAUUCUCUAGGACCACUAAAAUGAGCAGGAAAGUGCUAUAAGAAAAGGGACAGCUAAGCAUUGGUUGCAAUUAAUAAAAUAUAUACUGAGUAUUUUUUUGACUAAUGUGAUAAGCAUAUUUAUUUCAUUAAAUUUAAAAGGUAAUGUGUGUUUGUUCUUUAGGCGUACUUUGUGUACCGAGGUGCUAUUGAUCAUUUACUGAACAAUGACAUUAAAGCUCUUCAAAAAGGUCAACUAUUGCUGGAAGGUCGUCGCAUCAUUGCUUGUAGCAAAUAUAUAAAAGAUGGACAAUAUUAUUUUUCUGGUAUGGUUUCGGCUUCAAUGAAGAAGAAAGUGACCUGCUAUAAAUUAAAAGCAAAUGCCAAGGGGGAAUUGCUAAACAGUGCAUGUGAAUGCCCAGCAGGCCAAGGUCCACAUGCUACCUGUAAGCACAUUGCAGCUGUGUGUUACUUUUUAGUUGUUGCCAAAGAAAAGGGGGAACUGUUAAUCGAAGACAGCUGUACCAGUCAACUGCAACGUUUUCAUCAUCCCAAACGAAAACAUCAAGGGCCUCCAUUGACCAUCGAGGAAACCACCAAGCUAGCAAAAACCACUGGGUAUAUGUUUGAAGAUCCAAGACCAGAAAAAUAUCGAAAUGUACCAGAAACUUAUCAGAAUCAUGUUCGCAAAGAAGUUAUUGCUUAUUGUGGUUCAACGGGAGCAAAUAUUACUCUUCGUUAUUUGUUUGGAGGAGCUGAUCUAAUCUCUGCUCAAAAAGAUCAUGAUUACUUGGAAAAACCAUUUCUACAAUACUCUGUGGAUAGAGCAGUGAAGGUCAGUGAAAGUCAAGCAAAAGAAAUUGAGCAAAUUACUCGACUGCAACAUGAAAGUAAAGAAUGGCAUGAACACCGUAGGUUUCGCCUCACUGCUUCACGAUUUGGAGAGAUUGCUGCUAUCACUGAAAGAAGGAAUAUAGUAAAACUGUGCGAGUCGAUGUGGGAUGCAAAGCCGUUGACUGUGCCUCCUGUGCUACAUGGUAAAAUGUAUGAAGCCGUGGCUAUAACUGACUUCGAAAAGAAAUUUAACAUCCAAGUGCAGAGAUGUGGAUUGUUCAUCGAUAUUGAUCAGCCUUACUUUGGAGCUUCUCCAGAUGGGUUGAUUGGAAAAGAUUCCAUUCUUGAAGUAAAGUGUCCCUUUAGUGGAAAAGAGCAGACAAUUGUGCCAGGAAGUAACUUUUCAUUUUUAGAAAAUCAAAAUGGCAGUGUUGUAUUGAAGAAAAACCAUAAAUAUUUUGCACAAAUUCAAGCUCAACUUGGCAUAACGAAAAAACAAAAAUGUUACUUUGUGGUUUACACAUUUAAAGAUAUGUUAGUUAAAGUCAUUCCUUUUGAUGUUUAUUUUUACCGUUCUUUGAAGCAAAAAGUUGAAAUGUUUUGUAUUGAACAUUGGAAACCAUUUGUUUCCAAUAAAUUAUGUGUAAAAUAUUAAAUAUUUUGAAUACAGUAAUAAUAACUCAACUCAUUGCAGCUAAAGUAUAUUAUAACCACUAACCAGUUUAACAGUGAAGUCCAAUGAUAUUCUUACUUCUUAGCCAGACUGUUCUAAUUGUUUUUAUUUACAAUACAUGGUCUAAAAUUUGAAAUUUGAAAACAAACAUAAAUAAUUCUCGAUCCAAUAGCAGUCAUCUGAGGGCUUAAUGGGUGUCCAGGAAUUUUAUAAGUCUUGCUAAGACCAAUCAGUCUUUCAACAUGAAUCCGGUGGGAAGCAACUCUUCGAUCAUGUACUCGUUGUGUGGCAUCCAACUGGUGCUUGCCCUUCAGCAUUGUCGGCGUGUUGACACAAACAUCAAAUGGUGCGAAUAAAUCCUGGACUAAAAUCCCUCUAUCAGCCAUAAUGCUAUCUCCUGGUAUAAAAAAAUUUGGUGCAUUUUGAUAAAUUUUGCAAUUCUCAAUAAUUUGUCGAUCGCUCACAGACCCACCAUAAGCCGGACUCACAAACGAUACCAAUCCAUUUGGAGUAAUUCCAAUCAUUGAUUUUAAUGUGUUUUUGUUUUUGUAAGUUGAAAAAGUGCUGCUUUGAGAAUUUACAUUUGUUGGUUUCUCGAUUUCAAUCUCAGUAGCAUCCAAAAUCACACGGGUGGUUUGAAAUGACUCCCUGAACGAUUUUGGCAUGUGUUUCAAAACUACUUCCUUUGUAGGCCAUGUAUUCAAUUCUUGCAGCUGGAAAAACAUAAAAUUUAUCCAAGUGUAAAAUAUUUUUGAUGCAACAUUGGCUGAUAUGUUAUACAAGAUGGCAAUUUCUUUA